AUGUCCCAAUGCAUUUCCUCUUCUACUUUCCUUCUCACUUCCUUUUCUUGCACUUCUGCCUGCUGCCCUGUCCUUGCUUGCCACCUGCCCAGGGCUUUCCCCAGACAGAGCUGCCCCCGGAGCCGCUCCAGGCCGGGGGUUCUGGGCAGUAACAUGGUCCCACUCCUCUCCCUCCCCACAGGCUCCAGCCAGGAGGCGGCAGGGACAGUAGCCAGGGGGUCUCAGAGCUCACCCGCGGGCUGGGAGGAGCGGAGAGCGGCAGAACAGCCCCUGAAACACGACCCAACGCCGUCCACCGUGUAUGAGGCUGGGACACAGUACGCAGGACCCGCGUCCACAGAGUCACUCCUUCCGAUGUCCCGGCAUGAGACCUCUCCGACCACGGUGCAACCCGCCAGCAACCACCGCCCCAACGCCUGCUGCUUCUGCUGGUGCUGCUGCUGCAGCUGCUCCUGGAACGAGGACCGAGAGCGAGCAUGGAGGGCAUCCCGCGAGACCAAACUGGAGAACAUCCCAAACUGUGAAGCGUGUGCCAAACCCACGCCGGAGGAGGUGCAGGGCUGGGCACAGUCCUUUGACAAGCUGAUGAAGAGCCCGGCGGGGCGCAACGUCUUCCGGGAGUUUUUGCGGACUGAGUACAGCGAGGAGAACAUGCUCUUCUGGCUGGCAUGUGAGGAGCUCAAAACCGAGUGCAACAAGCACACCAUAGACGAGAAGGCCAGGAUGAUCUACGAGGAUUACAUCUCCAUCCUCUCUCCCAAGGAGGUGAGCCUGGACUCGCGGGUGAGGGAGGUCAUCAACCGGAAGAUGCAGGAGCCGUCCUCGCACACCUUUGACGAUGCACAGCUCCAGAUCUACACGCUGAUGCACAGAGACUCCUAUCCCCGCUUCCUGAACUCUGCCAUUUACAAAUCGCUGCUCCAGACCAUCUCCCACUCCUCCUCAGAGUCCUAAGGGCACCCACUAGCCGUGGGGACACCAGUGGGGACAUGGUGGCCAGGGGCGGUCGGUGCCUCCUCCCCUCUGCCGCCCUCCUUGCCAGACCUCACCAAGUUUUUAGCUUUUUACGUAUGAACUGUCACCCCGGUGUCUGGGCCACACUCCAGGACUGUCCCCAGGACACAGCCUGGGCCAGUUCAUACUACUGAUUCUCUGCCCUGUCCCCAGUGCUGGCCAGAGCGAGCUGGGGGAGCACAGGACAGUGCCCAGGGCCUGGCUCCCCCCAUACCCUGUUUGGAAGAGGUCACUUUAUCCCAUCUCCACACCUGGGGACAUGGCACGUCCCCAUUUGCCACCUGAGACCCAGUUGGGGACUGGGUUGGGGGUUUUUUGAGGCGGGGGGUUGACUGUUGUUGGUUU